CUGAAGUCUAACAGGAAUCAGACACUCAGAGACUUUAGAGAUCACAGCUGACAUUCACUUACAGCCAUGUCGUCCUCCAGUAGUGCACUAAAUGAGGAGCUUCAGUGUGCAAUCUGUCUGGAUGUGUUCACUGAUCCAGUCAGCACUCCAUGUGGACACAACUUCUGCAAGACCUGCCUGAAUGAAUGCUGGAAAAACACUCAGAACUGCAGCUGUCCAUUCUGUAAAGAAACAUUCAGCAAAAGACCUGAUCUGAAGAUUAAUACAACACUCAGAGAGCUCGUGCAACACUUUAAGAUGAAGUUUAAUCUGGGGAAAUCUGAAGUUCUCUGUGACAUCUGUGAUGAAAGAAAACAGAAAGCCGUGAAGUCUUGUCUGAUGUGUCAAAGCUCUUACUGUGAAACUCACCUGGAGCCUCAUCAGAGAGUCCCACGUCUAAAGAAACACAAACUGAUGGACGCUGCGGAGAAUCUGGAGGAUUAUAUAUGCCAGAAACACGAGAGACCUCUGGAGCUGUUCUGCAGAGAUGAUCAGACAUGUGUGUGUUUGUCCUGCACUGAAGGAGACCACAAGACUCACAUCACUGUUCCUAUAGAGGACGAGAGUGUAGAGAAGAAGAAUCAGCUGGUAAAGACACAGACAGACGUGCAGCAGAUGAUCCAGGACAGAAUGAAGAAGAUUCAAGACAUCCAACACUCUGUCGAGAUGAGAAAAAGAAACACAGAAGAAGAGAAAUCACACAGUGUUGAGGAGUUCACGGCUCUGAUCCGCUCCAUUGAGAGAUGUCAGACUGAAGUUGUUGAGAUGUUGGAGGAGAAGCAGAAAGCAGCAGAGAAACAGGCUGAAGAUCUCAUUAAAGAGCUGGAGCAGGAGAUCACUGAGCUAAAGAGGAGAAACUCUGAGCUGGAGCAGAUCUCACACACUGAAGAUCAUCUUCAUCUCCUACAGAUUGACCCGUCCCUGUACAGCCCUAUAAACAGUAAGAACUGGACUGAGAUCAGUAUUAACACUCAUGUGAGUAUGGACACUCUGAAUAGAGCUCUGACUCGACUCAAAGACACUCUACAUCAAAAACUCGGUCAAACUGGUAAGUGUUUAGUAGACCUGCAGAAAAAAAACACCAUAAAAAUAUGACAAUUUAUAUGACAAUUAAUCGUGAAAGCCCUUAACAAGACAAUUAAUCAUCAUAAUCACAAUUAUUAGUUUGACAAUUAAUCGUCUUGCAAAUGUCAUAAUCGUGACAGCUCUAGUGUAUAGCAAACAUAAUGUACAGAUUUACUUGUGUCAGUAACUGUCUUGAGACGAGUUAAAAUGACUUUGUGUGUUAAUCAACAGCAUGUCCAUAGAGUUUCAGAAGCAUUUAUCCUGUAAUAUUCCUAGAAACAAUUGAUGAUGUUUUCUUG